AUGGUUCAACUCAAUAUUGAUGUUGGAAACUUGCCUAUUAUUGCUGGGGGCGAUGACUGUAAGAUUUGGGAUAUAGAUAGCAAAGGAGUCUUCUCAGUUAAAUAUGCAAAGGAUACCAUUAGAGAGAAUGCGGAAACUCUGCCAACUGCAAUUUUGUUUUCUCGGCCAGUUGUGCACCCUACUCUAAGUGUUCAAUAUUGGAAGAUCUUGGCAAAGCAGUGUUGUGCUAGUGAUGAUAAUGUCAUUAAGAAGACUGGGAGGUGUUUGCCUUCAAUGUGCCAUUUGUGUAGACGGGGUUGCGAAACUCUUGGCCAUAUUAUUUGGCAGUGCAGAUUUGCCAAGAGAAUUUGGGCUUGGGCGGCUCGUAUUUUUAAUCUGCAACCAAGAGAAGAUUUGGUGGCUUCGUAUAAGGCUGCUAAGGGGUGCAGCAGGAUGAUUAAGGAUUUGUGGUUGGUUGCUAAUCUUGCAAUCACUACGGAGUUAUGGAGGCUGCGCAACAAAGUUUAUUUUGAAGAUGCUGUUGUGCAUUGGCUAGGUUUUAAAGGUAGAGUUUAUCAGUUAAUUCGUGAUAACUCAAUACGGAUGAAGGGCCAUAUGAAUAAUACAAUGGAGGAUUUACGCAUCUUGAAUUAUUUCAAAGUGAAGCAUAUAUCGUGCAAAGUUUCUUCUCCAAUUGAGGUAAGGUGGUGUCCUUCUAACCAAGAUGAAAUCAUGAUUUGCUGUGAUGGUGCGUCCCUUGGAAAUCCAGGCCCGACUGGUGUUGGCGUUACAUUUCGUGAUGCAAACGCAGCUGUUUUGGGAGUCCUCUGCGUUGGCCUGGGAUUGCAGAAAAACUUUUAUGCAGAAGUGUGCGCAGUUAUAUAUGGUUCUAUGUUGGCCAGAAGGUGGAAUUUUAGGAGUAUAUGCGUUCAAUAUGAUUCGAUGAGUUGCAUUCAAGCUUUUUGA